GCCAACUUUUGGAGGUGUGCUCAUUUACCACAGCCCUCCCCCCCCCCCCAUGAGUCAACCUGCUCUCUCUACUUAUGACCCUUCUGCGUUGAGGCUGCUGCUGCCAUUUUUGUCUGCUGCCUGCUCCUUCACACAUCUGAAGCAAAAUGGCGUCUGGAGUCAAGUGUUCUGAGGAAGUGAUGGUCCUCUACAAUGAGAUGAGACUGGUGAAAAAUGAUUCAAAUCACCAGGAACGCAUCAGAUUGGUAGUGUUUGAGGUAAAGGGCAGCUUCAUCGAACCGACCACAGUUUUGAGGCAAAAAGAUCUGAAUGACGAGGAGAAUGUCUACAAGGUUUUCCUGGCGCAGAUGCCCAAGGGGAAAUGCCGCUACCUCCUGUAUGACUGCCACUAUACAACACAGGACUCGCCCAAAGAAGAACUUGUACUUGUGAUGUGGACUCCUGAGACAUCAACAUGCAAAGAAAAAAUGAUCUACGCCAGCUCAAAGCAAUACAUUAAGCAUGCCAUUGGAGGUGCCAAGCACACGAUGGAGUUCAAUGACGAAUCAGACUACGAGAUCAAUGCCUUUGCAAAAGAACUUGGGAAAGACAUUUCGAAGAUUGAGGGCCACGCUUUUGCAAGCAAAAACUAAUAAAGCAUAAAAGGGGAUUUGAGAUGAGGACACCAGGGCUUCUAAAUUAACCUCUGUUUUAAGGAUUGGGUCGUCACAGUUUAAAGGGAAGGGUUGGGCAUUGAAUUAGAUUCCUGUUACACAAACGUCUGAGGUCUGUGCUCUACUACACGUUCUAGUCACACCAGCUUGUUGACAUAAUUUAAUUAAUGAUUGGACAUAUUCAUGCAUUGAUACUAUUGUCUGUCACUUGACUCUUGGUAACAAUUACAAGUGAUGGCUGUUAUGUACAAACCGUACAUACAUGAUGUUAGAACCAUGCCUAUUCCAUCUGCUUGCUUUUGGGAUUGGUUAAUAACUUCUCUGCAUACAGCUAUAUCUUACACACCCUGUUAGGUGUCCAGGUCAAAAUAGCCGGGCUAAAACUCUGAUAUCUGUUUUUCUAGACUGUUACACUUUAAUGAAUACAUAAUAGUACGACUUUUACAAAGAAAAAUUAUUUCAAUGAAAAUGCAGUAGUCGUUGCACUGAGUAUUGUCAAAUAAAUUUGAUGCAAUCAAUUAA